GUUCUCCCUCUGCCUUCUCGUCGACCCCUCGCCACAGUGUAGGGUGCAGGACAAUAGUCAUAUGAAUGUUAAAUAUUCUAAUUAAACUGUGGUAAGCUGUUGAAAAAUAGUUCUAGCUCUAAGAAAAGUCUUUAAAAUGUGAACAUUCAGAUUAUGGUUAAAAUGAAGUCAUCUUGAAAGAGUCAAAAGUAGCCUUGUCUUGUGAGGAAUGUAACUGGUCUACUGUAUGUGAGCCUCAGUACCGCCUGCCAUUGCCUCCUGCAGUAGUGAGACCUCCGCCACAAUGUCGUCUGGGAGAAGGGAGCUGACCCUCGACGACGGGCUGACGUGCUCCGUGUGUCUGGACACCUACAGUGAGGGUGAUCGGCGACCUCUGAUGCUCCCCGCCUGUGGUCACACCUUCUGUAAGCACUGCCUCGCUGGCAUCAUGGCCAGGGAAGGAGUUAAAGGUAACUUCCUGUGCCCCACGUGUCGCCGGCCACAGCCAGUCCACGCCGUGCAAGAUAUGCCCGUCAAUUACUCCCUCCUUGAGGUGGCUCGGCGGGACGCCCUCUCCCCGACCUCCUCAGCCGACAAGACCGAACAGCAGCAGGAGAUGAAGAAUCCGACGGAGUACUGCUCGGCUCAUGGGUCUCGCCUGGCCUUCUGGUGCACCACCUGUGAAGUGGCGGCUUGUGGCGAGUGUCUAUUUGAGGCUCACCCAAGACCCGACCACACCCUCGUCAGGAUUGCAGACCAACUCGGCCGACUGCAGGAGAUGGUAAAGAUCAGGUCGUCUCGAGUCGUCACACAACUAGUGACGGCUGCUGAAGAGAAUGUGGAUGUCCUGAAGGUAACAUUUGUCAACCUCGUGGAGAGCCUAAGGCAGCGACGUGCAAUUGACGGCCUUCUGCGGCGGGCGAGGGUAGUGCGCACAAGUGCCAAAGACGCCAAUGACCUGUCCAGCAUCAAUACAGUUAACGAGUCCAUCCAGACCAUCCAGCGGGAGUUCGAGAAAGCUCACAUCUCAACACCAACCAAAGUGUCGGUUGCAAAUCCUAUGUGGAGAUCCUCGUCUACCUCUGGUAACAAGACACCAACUUCCCCCGAAAAACAGCAUCCUGCGGAGGCCAACACCCAGGAGCUGACUGACUCACACAACAUCUCCAGUCCUGACACCGCAUCUCACACUACAGAAAUCAUACAGACGCCCCCACCCAUCGUGCCCUCAAGAAAUACAGAGACCAAACCCACAGCACCUCCUAAGCCAAAACUACUUGCCAAACCAGUGCUUCCCAGCCUAAAUACGGGGAAGCCACCUAGCCCGUUCUCUCCCACAACCCCUCCAACCCCCUCAACUCUUUCAACAGCGUCCUCCCCAGACGACGAUCCUGCCCACGGCCCUUCACCUCACACGUCCGCCGACCCGGAUACUCCACAGAAAGUCAGCAGCGUGGCAACUCACUCACCAGAAACAGGUGUUGUGCCAGACCCCUUGACACCGGAGCCUGGAGCGGUGCCUCAGUGGUGCAGCAAGGUGUGUGGUGCCCUGAGUGGGAACUGUACCACCAGCAGGAUCACCCUCGAGCCUCGGGGCCUCCACGUCUACUCCCUCAGGCCCAUGAAGGAGAAGUGUGACGUCUUCCUCAGUCUCUCCGUGGUGUCGGCCCUGGCACCACUAGACGCCCCGAUGGUGUUCAUGGACCUGAAUGAUGGUUCUCGGCCGCUUGGACGUGUUUACAUCACACUCCAGAUUCAGCUGCCUCGGGCUCAACAAUUCUUCUCGCUGUGUCUGGGUGACCGGGGACCAUCCUACCUUGGGUCAUUCUUCCACUCGGUGCUCCGUCGUGGGGACUCCGGAGAGGGUCUAGCUGGUGGAGACUACGAGAGCAAGGCAGGCAAAGGCGGCGCUGCCAUCAUGAGGGGUAUUGGGCGGAACAAGGAGGUGGCCAAGCGCUGUGAAAAGGGGAUGGUGGUACGCGCCAGCUCCAGAGUAGAGACAGCAGCUCAGUUCUGCAUCAGCGUGAAGGACGGGCCACGCACCAAGACUGUCUUCCCCUUCGGCAGGGUGUGUCAGGGCCUCAGCGUGGUGGAGGAAGCGUGUCGUAGGCCUGCCUUCUCCGUCAGCAUCACUGAUUGUGGCUGGGUACUGCCUGUCUAAGCCCUGUCCACGAGAAGACCUAAAGAAUCGGUGGAGAUAGAAGUAGGAGGAGGAGGAGGAGGAAGAGAGAGAUGAUUAGUGAUGAAGGAGGAGAAACAUGGAGAGGUAGUGAAGAUGGAGAAAGAGAAGUAAUGGUGAAGGUAGACGAGUGAAGAAACUGGGAAGGAGGAAACAUGAGAGAAAGAAGGAAGAAGAAAAAAAAAGUUAGUAAACGCGGUCAAGGUUUAGGCCCGCGAGUGAUACAGCAGCGUUGAGAACAUGACCAGCGAGUUGGCGAGUGAUGGAGUGUCGCUACGUGUUACACUCGCUUAUCUGCGAGUGUAUAGUGAACAUGUCAUCACUACAAUAUGAACAAAAACCUAGAGACAUGAAAGAUAAGUAACACGUUAGACAAUAUAUAAUUAUAUAUAUUAUAUCUAUUAUAUUUCAUCGUAUUUAAAACAUAUUAGUCUGUGCAAUUUUUUUCUUGUAUAAUCUUCCACAAAGGUACUCAAUUUAUAUAUAGGAUUCACUCUGUACCAUAAUAGUGAUGAUAACCUCAUAAUUAUAACAAAAACAGAUAACAAUGCUCUUCGAACACAAUAAUAUAGUAGAGUUAUCAAUAUAGAAGCUAUAUUAGGCCAGCCAUUCAUGUCAAACAGAUAUAAUAAGACUCGCGUACACUCCGGAUCAUCAAAAAUGCACAGCGGGUCCACGAAUUUCAAUUACUGCUGACAGAACAGGUUUGUCACCGACGCGGAGGUGAAUAGCAGCAGGAGGUGGCGGCCCCUCACAUGAUGUAUCGUUCCUCACAAUAUGUUUCUUCUGGUUAUGGAAGGUAGGUUGUGUCUCGAAUCACAAAACCUCUUAAACUUUUCCUGUAAUUAUGCCAAUAAAAUACAUACAAUAUAGCCCAUGGUAAACGCUUACUGGAAAUUCAAACUGUUUACGCUAUUUAAGCUUACAAUUCAUAUUUUUUUUCCCAAGUAAUUUUACAAAACAGGUUCCAGUUCUUAAGAAGCUUAGCCAUAUGCUUACUUUAUUUUGCUGGACUAUUUUUAUAUGUAACUUUCUGGCUAGUUAAACAUGUCAACAUCGACGUUACCUAUGUCUCGAACCUCUGAGUGGACCAUCAGAGGUUAAUUAAAAACAAGAACAUUUGUCAAGAUUUACGUUAUGUAUAGAACUGGGUCAAUGGUGGACGUUUUACUAGCUAUGUUUAUUGUGAGUUUGUGUGACGUGAGGCUUCAAAAGAUGAUAAAGUUUGAUUCAUUCUUUUCGUUUUAGUCAUAGCUAUGUUAAAGUGGUGCUUGUAGAUAUGUAAGUAAUUCAGGCCUAACCUAACCUAAUCUAACUUCAUCUAACCUAACCUAACCACCUCUUAUCUUAGAGCUUAGAGAAAGGUGGAUUAAAUUAAUACAAUAUAAGAUAAUUAAUUUUCGUAGACAUAUGUGUGUGUGUGUGACAAUAUUAAGGACGACAAACAACGAGUCAUUACCUGUGUUCAAUUGUCGUAAGAAAAAAUAUCCCUCCCACAUCAGUUAAUAUCAGAUCAGUCAGGUCAGGAAACCCGGAGAUCCACCUCAAAAAAAUAAAAAUAAAAAUAAAUUCUACAUUUCAUUGUUCGUUCCUUAAAGUCUACAUACAAUUAUAUACAUUAAAAAUAUCCCUCAUGACUAGAAAUCAAUAUCAGAUAGAUCAGGAAGGCCGGAGAUCGAGCUGACAAAUGUAGCUAAAAAAAUAAUAGUAAAUAAAAAUUCCCCUGUCACUGUUCAUACCUUAAAGUGUGCAUAUAAUCACACACACACACACACACACACACACACACACACACACACACACGGUAAAUGGAUUAUGUAAAUGACAGCAACAUAAUCGCUUUCCAUAUACGACCAUAGUCUCCAUAAUAAACUGGUAAAAUAGAA